UCAAUUGAAUUGCUAACAUGUAUGUAUGAAGAAACACUUUCCACCAGGAAAAAUAAAUGAUGAAUGUCGAGAAAUGAAAAUAGGUAAGCUCGGUUGGUGUUUUGGAUUGGUGUGAUUGUGUGUGAUGAAGCAAAGACAUUUGAAGUGACGCUUGAAAAAAAAAUGAUGAAAAGAAGAUUUGCUGGAGUGAUCCACUUCAAAAAGCUGAAACAAAGAAAAAAAACUAUUUAGCGGAUAAGAAAAAAGGAAACGUUCACUAGCUAUACUAUGAGGUUGGUGAGACGCUUCGAUCACUUGCAGGGGAGCGUAUUGCAAACGGAAAGGUAAGGCUGUUGAACUGGUCAAAGUGAACGGUUCAACAGUUUCAGGUAUGUACCAUUAUUGAAAAGAAAGAAUACAUAUAUUUAUUUAGUAUUGAAGGUAGUAAUAUAUGAAUUUGUUGCUUCACCAAACUUCAAACAAUGUUUUUUCAGUAUGUGCGGAUUCUUUUAUAAAAGUGUGGGUAUUUAAGGUUUAUUCUUCUAAUAUUUUUGUUGAUGGUGUUUACUCAACAAGGCAACUAGUUUGCGAGACAUAGACAAGAAUAAAACUGUAUUGCUGUUCAGUCUAGAGAAAAAUGCUAUUUUAAUUACGGCCGUGAAUCUGAAUCUGAGAGUGACACAACAUGUUGUGUGUGUGUGUGUGUGUGUGAUAUUCUGGAGUUAAGCUCUUCAAUGAUAGGCAAAUCGGUUGCUACAAUAUGUAUCAACGUUGUUUGAGAAUUUACUUGAAUAUGAAGAAUUGUAUGGUUAUCGCUCUUGGAUGUUGCGAAAGUCGCUCUUGAAUGUUGCGAAAGCCGCUCUUGAAUGUUGCGAAAGCCGCUCUUGAAUGAUGCGAAAGUCGCUCUUGAAUGCUGCGAAACUCACUAUUCAAUGUUGCAAAGUUGUAGUGAUAUCGCUCUUGGAUGAUGCGAAAGUAGAGGAUAUUAUAAAAAGCCAACUCAUAGGAAUUCGCUCUUGGAUGUUGCGAUAGUUGUCUGGAUGUCGCUCUUGAAUGAUGCGAGGGUUUAGUUUUGAUAAGUGUUGACAUGUGCAACAUGGAUAACAAUGUGAAUGAGCGUAAUCAUUCAGAAGAUGGAAUCGCGGAUAGUAACCAAACGCCAAUCAUCAUUCAGCAACAUGUAUUCAGUCCCGCAACGUACAACCUUCCCCAUUUCAAAUUCAAACAUUUGCCUCAAACUGAAGUACGCAAUGCGUGGAGUUCGUGGAUUCGAUGGUUUGAAACCGUCAUGGCAGCUUCGAACAUCGUUGAUGGUUCAAGCCGCAAGAUGCAAUUGUCCGCAAUGGGCGGUUUGGAAUUACAGAGCGCUUUCUAUGGAAUUCCGGGCUGCGAUGUGGAAGAUGCUUCGAAUGAUCCCUACCUUUCAAUGAAAGAUAAAUUAACGGAAUAUUUCUCGCCGAAACAUCACGACAGCUUUGAAAGGUUUCUUUUCUGGUCUAUGACACCGAGUGACAGUGAACCCAUCGAGAAGUUUGCCCUCAGAGUUCAGCAGAGAGCUGAAAAAGUUUCAUUCGGAAGAUCAGAAAAUGAGAGCCGGCAUAUUGCGGUCAUUGAUAAAAUCAUACAAUAUGCGUCGGAGGACUUGCGCCAGAAACUACUGGAAAAAGAACAGCUGACUCUCGACGAAGCAAUUAAAAUUAUAAACGCGUACCAGUCCGUAAAGUACCAGUCCUCAAAAAUGAACGGCAAAUCAAAUGGUGGACCAAGCAAUCGCCCCUACGAAAAUAUUGGCAAUAAUAUUAAUCGACUUUACGAAGGUUCUUCUAAAAUUAUUGGAAGUAAUCCUCGAUGCUUGCGCUGUGGGUAUAAGCGACAUCAGGAGGCUCAGCACUGUCCGGCACUGAAUAAGAUGUGCCUUCGUUGCAAAAGUGUUGGUCAUUUUAAAUCUGUUUGCAAAUCAAAGAUAUCUAGCACCGGAACUUUCGACCGGAAGCGUGUAGCACCUAUCGCAAAUCAUCAGGGUCCCUCGCGACCAUCAAAAUAUCCGCGAACCUCGUCCAGGCCGGUUUAUAAGAUCGAUGACCAGAAUGAAGAAUCAGAAUCUGAGGAUCUAUCGGUUUGA